AUGCCUAUUCUUGUUGGAAAGGAGGUCGGCCCCACUGGCUAUGGCACCAUGAGAAUGACCUGGAACCCUGAGCCAACUCCUCAGGAUGUUGCCUUUGAAACUUUGAACAAGACCCUGGAGCUCGGUGCCAACUUCUGGAACGGUGGAGAGCUCUACGGUACCCCCGACUACAACUCCCUGCACCUGUUGAACAAGUACUUCACCAAGUACCCCGAGAACGCCGAAAAGGUUGUUCUCAGCAUCAAGGGUGGUCUGAAGGUUGGCCAGUUGAUUCCUGAUGGCUCGGAGGAGAACAUUCGUCGCAGCGUUGACGACUGCCUGAAGCUCCUAGACGGGAAGAAGAAGAUCGAUAUCUUCGAGUGUGCGCGUCAAGACCCGAACUUCCCGGUCGAGCACACCGUGGAGGUCCUUGCGAAAUGCGUUAAAGAGGGCAAGAUUGGAGGAAUUGGAUUGAGUGAAGUGGAUGCCGAGACUAUCCGACGCGCCGCUAAGGUGCACCCCAUCGCCGCCGUUGAAGUUGAGGUGUCCCUGUGGUCAACUGACAUCUUCGAAAAUGGGAUUGCCAAGACCUGUGCCGAGCUCAACAUCCCCAUUAUCGCCUACUCACCACUGGGCCGAGGUGCCCUGACCGGUGCUGUGACCUCGCUGUCCGACAUCCCGGAAGGCGACUUCCGUCGCCAUAUGGCGCGCUUCCAGGAUGAGCACUUUGAGCAGAAUAUGAAGCUGAUUAACGAGGUCAAGAGCCUGGCAUCUCGCAAGGGUGUUGCACCAGCUCAGGUGGCUUUGGGUUGGAUUCGGAGCUUGAGUGACAAGCCUGGCAUGCCUACUAUUAUCCCCAUCCCCGGUGGCACAACCGUCGACAAGGUGACCCAGAAUCUGGUGGGGGUCAAGCUGUUCUCUGAUGAGGAGUUGGCUGAGGUCGAUGCAAUUCUCAAGGAGAAUGCUGUUUCGGGACCGCGCUACUAA